AUGGCUGCCAACGCAGACGACCUGUUUGAGCAGCUGGCGGGAGCCGACGCGGCGGCGGCGGCGGUGGGCGAGACUGGCGAGGCUGACGACGUUCCCUACGACUCGGCCAACUGCGGACGGUGCAACGAGCCGCUUGGCGAUGGUCCGGCCAUUGCUGCUGGCUCCAAGAACUACCACCCGCACCACUUUACCUGCAAGCAUUGUGACCAGCCCUUCCCCAAUGGCGAGUUCUUUGAGGAGGCUGGUCACCCGUAUUGCCCCACCGACUUCCACGAGCUCUUUGGCUCGCGAUGCAAGGGCUGCGGCGAGGCCAUCGUUGGCCGCUGCAUCACCGCCAUGGACGCAAAGUGGCAUCCUGACCACUUUGUCUGCAUCGAAUGCAAGAAGUCGCUGGCUGGCGGCUCGUUUAUCAAGUUUGAAGAUGAGGCUCAUUGCAAGCCGUGUGCGCGCGAGAAGAAGAAGAAGCGCCGCCAGCCGGACGGUAUCAUCUGCGCGCGGUGCAAGGAGGUGAUCGAGGGCGAGUUCAUCACGCUUCAGGGCCAGAAGAUGCAUCCGCACCACUUUUCGUGCCACAAGUGCAAGUGCUCGUUCAAGGGCGCCAACUGCCACGAGUACGAGGGCCGGCUCUACUGCGAGCCGCACUACCGCGAGCUCCUUGCCGCAACCUGCGCCCAGUGCCGCAAGCCCAUCACCGGGCGCGCCGUCACCGCCCUCGGCCGCCAGUGGCAUCCCGAGCACUUUUGCUGUGCCCACUGCGAGCAGCCGUUCUCCGGCAUGAACUUUAUGACCAAGAACAACAAGGCGUAUUGCGAGACUCACUACUUUCAGCUGUUUGGCAACAUGUGCAAGUGGUGCCGCAAGCCCAUCUCCGGCUCGGGCGUCCGUGCUGCAGGAGGCAUGUUCCACCAGGAGCACUUCCUCUGCUCCAUCUGCGACAAGCCCAUCUCAGGUGGCAAGUUUGUCGCUUGGGAGGGCAAGCCCAACUGCAAGUCAUGCUACACUAAGCUGCCCAAGUCCGUCCGCGACCGCGAGACAAAGAUCCUCGCCGCGGAGCGCAAGCGCGAGAAGGAGGCCGCAAAGGCCGCAAGAACGCCGCUCAUUGCCAUGGACCCGACGCAUACAAUACCAAGCGAGGUUCUCCGCCUCUCCUCGCCGCCAACGUCUGACGAGCUCGCCUCGCUCCACGCCCACUUUGAUGAUCGCGGCUAUGUCGUCAUCGCCGGCGUUCUCGAACCCGACGCCAUCGAGGCCACCAUCGACGAGCUGUGGACCUCGCCCGAGCUGCUCGGUGGCGCGCCGGGCCUCAGCCGCACGGAUCCGACGACUUGGUGUGACGAGAUCUGGGGGCAGGUCGCCGGAACCGGCGGCGGCGUCUCCAAGGGCUUUGUCGAUGUCUCUGGUGACGGCACAUCGCUCGCCGCAGCCUGGCACAACCGGACGGCUGAUCGGGUCAUCGACGCCUUUGCGGCGCUUCUCGGCACUGAUCGCCUCUGGCUGGUCGAGUCGCGCUUUGGCGUCAUGCGACCGACGGUCGGCCUCGAGCUCGGCCCCAAUGGCGCCGCCGUCGACCGUCCCAAGUGGCGGACGGCGGCCUCAUGGCUCCACUGGGACCAGAACCCGUGGCUCGAACCGGGCUUCCGCGGCGUCCAGGGCAUCCUCACCCUCACCGAUGCCACGCCAACCUCGGGCGGCUUCUGCUGCGUCCCGGGCUUCCACGCCGCUGAGUUUGCUGACUGGCCGGCCGCCCACCCGCCCGAGACCGUUCCCACCUCGGGCCGCCCACUCGUCGUUGUUCCAGCGAACGAUCCCAUGCACGAUCGCGUUGUUCGCGUCUGUGCCCCCGCGGGCUCGCUCAUCAUCUGGGACUCGCGUCUGCCGCACCAGAACUUCCCCAACACCGACUCCUCCUGGCGCAUCGUGCAGUACAUCACCUUUGAUCGUGCUCCGCUCGACGAUCCUGAGGCAGCCUCUCUCCGCUCCGCGCGAGCCCUUCGCAAGGCCUCGCUCGUUCGCGACGCUGCCGGCUCGCCACUAGCCCUCGCUGAUGCUUUCGCCGACACCUCACGCUUCCCGGGCCUCCUCACCGACCGCGGCCUGCAGGUCGUCGGCAUCGUGCCCUACGAUCAGCCGCCGUCGGCACUUCCGGACAUCAUCGCCGCGUGGGAGGCCAACAACAGCGUCGACCGGCGCGACGUCCACGGUCUCUCGGCUCGCGAGCUCUUUGACGCCGCAUCUGCAGCCGAGCUCUCUGGUGACAUCACCCGCGCUACCCGUCUCUACCAGCGCGCCUUCCGCCUCAAUCCAAACGUUGAUGCCGCGCCGCGCCUUUAGCUACGUGUACAACUCAGGACGCAAGACAGCACAUCUAUCUACCCACAACUCUGCCCUC